AGCAAAGGACAGUUUUUUGGGGUAGAAAUUCUGCUGAAGCUUUUAAUACCAGGUCAAAAAAUAAAAGAAAUGAGUACAAGAAGGGGAAAUAACUCAAAGAAAGGACAGAAAUAUCAAAAUACAAAAGCAUUCAAGAAUGAUCUUUAUGACACGAGCAAGGGAACAAAGCAGAUUAACGGUUUGAUUGUCGGUGGUGUUUGCGCAAAAUGCAGAGAGAUCAUUGAGUGGAGGAAAAAAUUCAAGAAGUACAAACCUCUUACCGCUCCUAAAAAGUGGUAGGUAUGCUUAAAUGUAUUAGUAGUGGCCUUAUAGUCUGCCAUUGAUUUCAUUGGUAACUUACCAGUAAAAUCAAUGACACUUUCUGAACUAUUAUUAAUUGCAGACUGCUAGUCUGCUCUACAGACGGAACUAAACUUCUGGAUAAGUCCAGCUGCGAAACAGCACCGAAAUCCUUGUUCUGGGCCCCCACCUGGCUACCAGGAUUUGAGUACGUUUCAUGAAUGGCCUGUUCAGAAAAGCCUUUGUUAAUAUGCCAAUCAGGUUGAAGGGAAAUUCAAAAGGCAUUUGUAGUAAUUUGUUUAAUGCUGUUGGGACAUUGGUGCUGCUUUGCAGAGGUUUAGAUUACCUCUGUAAUGCAGGCUACUAAAGUGCAAGCAGGUUGUUUUCAGUUAGUCGAGUCUGGCUUGGACUUGGAGAGAGCGAAAGAGGUAGAAGGGGAACUAGAGAUAGGUAGCCAUCUUCUCAGUUUUCCUCGAUCAGCUGGUCGUUGUUUUUUUGUUUGCUUCUGUCUAUCCUGUGGAACUGCUAGCAGUCUACAAUGCAGCAGAACCCAUGUACUGUCUUUAAAGAGACAUCUAUGUUGGUUUUUCAAUUUCCUGGAAAGUUUCUUAGACAUUAUUGUCCUGGUUGGGGAGAAGUGGGGUGGGGGGCAGUGGUGGGGUAGGUAUACUUCCAUAAAUUUCCUAGACAGCGCAGGUGUGCUACUGGUUGUCCACUAACUGUUCUGGACAAGAAAAGGAGGGUGAAAGCAAAGCAACCAAGGAAAAUGAUGACCCUCUCAAAAUCACUUGAAAAAAGCUUGAUAUAGCUACAUGUAUUUCAGCUAGAUCUGUGUAAGAACAUCAAGAUCUGCGAUUGUCAACAGGGCCUUCAUGUUCUAAAUCUGCAAUCAGGUAGAUACAUUCACUCCACAUGUUGUCUGCCACCCCCUAAUUAAGGCAUCUGUCAGCAUUUAUGUUAUCACAUCAGAUUUUACUGAAAAUUCAAGUUUCAAAAUUCGGUUUGCAACCAAGGCGGCUAUUAAAAAGUACAGGAAUUGAUUUUGUGGCAACAAAUCUUUCAUGGUCUUUCAUCAGUUUGAAAAAUCGUCAGUAAUUAUUGUUUUAUACAAUUUCAUGCAGUUGAACUCAGUCGGAAAUCAAAUACAAUGCUCUUUAAGGUAAAUUUUGCCUGGUCCUAGCAAGAAAGCAUCAAAGAAGAAAUAUUGGAUAUCCUUAACUGGUGACAAAUAACAACUCUCCUCAUCAGCUGUCAAGGUUUUUCCCUCUGUCUUGAUUCACUGAAAAAGCAUUAUUUAUUCUUUUUACGACCUAGCUUAAUAACCUUAAGCAAUCAUCUCGAGCGGGAUUUCUGUCAUGAAAACGUGAAGGUGAAAAAGCCAGAAGUCAAUUAUGUUGCUUGUAACCAAUCGGUUGCAGGGCUCUGAAGGAUCUUUUCUUUUUUAACCUAUAAGACGAAAGUCCAGAUUCUGGACUACAGGCAGACAAUGCAUAAAGUAAAUGUAUCAGGUAAAUUUUCCCCUUGUCUCCUAAACAAAAAGGAAGAAGGACCGCCAGAUGUCAGGUUAUCAUUUCCUGCAAAACCUAACCUUAAGUUCAAUGCAGGUACAUCUCAACCAAACCAGAAUCAACAAACAAGAUUUGCAAUUAUCAAGGAAUUUGAUGAAGGUCUUUAUUUCCUACAAAAUGCCACCUGCAGUACAGACCAGAGCUAAAAAUAAUUUGCUAACAGCAGGGAUCUCAACCUGGGCUUUGUACACAUACCAUGCCCUUUUUUCCUGGAUGUGUUACAAAAAAAACUUGUAUAUGUAAAUAANCAAACCAGAAUCAACAAACAAGAUUUGCAAUUAUCAAGGAAUUUGAUGAAGGUCUUUAUUUCCUACAAAAUGCCACCUGCAGUACAGACCAGAGCUAAAAAUAAUUUGCUAACAGCAGGGAUCUCAACCUGAGCUUUGUACAUGUACCAUGCCUUUUUUUCCUGGAUGUGUUACAAAAAAAACUUGUAUUUGUAAAUAAUUAGAUUUUGUCUGCAUUCAUUACUAAUGUUUCUACUCCAGCUGUUCUGUCCCACUUAUCCUUAAAAAGGCCUUGAGAUUAGCUAAGAUUUUCACCAUGCUUGCUGUGACUGUUGAAUGUACAGUACAAGCUCUCAGGUAACUAGGAGGAAAGGGAUGGAUAUGAAUGGUUACAUUAUAAAUUAAUGUUAUUCAUUUACAGUGUGAGAUGUGAACAGAAGACAAUAAAGCAUGCAUACCACACUGUUUGUUCAAGAUGCGCACAACAGGAAAAGGUGUGCGAAAAAUGUGGAAAGCCUCAGGAAAUAGUGGCAAAGUAAGAAACAUUUAAGAAUUUUUAUAAUUUACAAGCACUGUGAUAAAAAUCCACCCAUAAAACCCUAGUGAUUAAAACAGAGAAGUGAAAUGAAGACGUCACAAAAACUAAAUUUGUGACUUUAUGGGAUUGGUUAUACUGUAGCGUAGGCCUAGAUCAUACAUGUUACAAUCCAAGCCCAUGUUAUAAGGAAUUGUAUGAAGUCAUCUGGGCAUAAUUAUAGGUGCUUAUAUCAUCCUGCCUAUUGGGACUAAAAGCCUCAUUUUGGCAAGGGUGCUUGUUCUUUCUGAGUAGGUCAACCAAUCUCAUCUGAAUUUUUUUCACACUUUAAGUCUCUAUGCCUAAUGACUAACAUUCUGGCAUUUACAUAGGUUUGAGUCACCAUUACUGUAUAGAGUCUAUUGAUCUGAAAAAUUUAUCCAGGUUACUAUCUUAGGCAGAACUUUUGCAUGUUGCUAUAGAUUAUUUUGUAGUAUUGAACACAAAUAAAAUUGGAUUUUACUUUUGUGAUUUUCUUCUUCAUACCAUAAGGAGUGAAGGGCAAAAGGGAGAUAGUAGCAAAAUCAGCUCACUGAGUGUAUAUGUAUUUGUUUGUAGAUCUGAACCCAGUUCAGCAGAAAAAGCACAUGAAGAGAGUAUGUUACGGCAAGAAAUAAAAGCAAUGACAGAAAGGGAAAGAAGUGAGUCUGAUAUUAUUUUUAUGUGUACAUGUAGUACCUCGUUGCUCCAUUCCCCUUCUGGUGAACUACAAUAGGAAGGUUCUCUGCUAAAAAUGAUUCUGCUGAGUUGAUUGUCUAGGGUUCUUUGAAACAAAUUAUUGUCUCCCUGUCACAAGAUUUCAUUGAUUGUGUUCGUGAUCCACAGCUGAUACAACUGGUUUGGUUCAUGGAACGACAGUGCUGCAAAACACAUGAAAGAACAUUGUCUUCCCCUCAAAAAAGUUCGCUACCUUCCUAAAAUUCUUAACUUUACAAGUGACAUGACAAGCAAAUGAGUAACUUACCAGCUGAAUUGUAGAAAGUAUUAAACUGUCCCUUGCACUUGCGUCCAACUUGCGACUUCAACCUCAUACAUAGCACUCAUGAAUGUCUAACCAAGAUGUCGCAGAUUCAAGAGUGCUAAGAAACUCUAUAACAAUAAGUUUAAUGUCAUUUUCUUUUAAAGUGUGUUCAGAGAGAAUCAUAGACUUUCACUUUCUAAGCACUCACAAAAUUCUCAGAUAAAAUUUUGGUGGCAAUUUUGCUUCGCUGCAUAGAGUGCUAGGCAGCCAGGACUGGGAACUGCUAAGAAACAGAGUUCUCAGAUGCUUUCAAGACAAAAAUAGGUAGCCACCCUGUGCAGGCAGUAAAGAUUUCUUCACACAGAUGAAUUUAAAGUUAGGUACCAAAUUCCAAAUCUGGGUUUUGAAUUUUAAAAAAAGUGUAUGCUAAGACAAGGAUCCCAUUUUUUCUUCACAGGAACAUUCUUUAGGCAUCUUGAAAAAGGAAAUGGGGUGGAUGCCAUGGAGAACUCUACUUCUAAGAAUGCUGAACCACACAACAGUUUAAGUACCAAAUCAAAUUCCUUUUCAAGUGAUGAUGACGAUGAUGAUGAUGAUGAUGGCGAUGAUGAACUAUCAGGCUCUGAAAAAUUGCUGGACAAUGAUACGUGAUCACCGCAA